GUCUUGUCAAAGAGAUCUAAAUACAAUGUAACAAAAUAACAAUCAAAACAAAAAUUCCUCUGUUCUCUUUUUUUGGGUCAAAAUUCCUCUGGUCUCUUGUGGUGAGCGUCUUACGAGCUUCAAAAACAAAAGUUGUCGAAGAUAUAGCACAAAUUUUAGGGUUUGUUACUUGGGGAUCAAGCGUUCUUCAUCAGUCCAGGAAGAGAGGAAGAAGAAAGGUGGGUCUGUGAAAUCUCCAUUAAAUUUUCUCCAGCCCAUCCGACCAUGGCACACCCGUGACAAUGACACUGAAAAAGAUUGUUUUUUGCUCAGAAGUUUUUAAAGUCUUUGAUUGAAAUUAAGAAUAUCUCUGAAACUGUGAAAGUAAUAAAAAGAGUCUACAAUGAGAAACAUUAGUUGCUGAAUCAAAUCAAUGCAAGUUGGUUCCAAGAAAGCAUCAAUGGGGAAACAGCAGCAAUCAGUAAGUGACGCUACAAGUCCAAGACCGCCUCUUGCUCCAUCUGAGAAGAACAAUGUAGGUUCUGUCACGCGCCGUGCUAGAACAAUGGAGGUUAGUUCAAGAUAUAGAUCACCGACUCCUACUAAAACUAGGAGAUGUCCUUCACCUAUUGUCACCAGGACUGCGCCUUCUUCAUCACCUGAAUCGUUCUUGAAAAGAGCGGUUUCAGCGGAGAGGAACCGUGGUCCUUCGACACCAACUACGCCGGUUAGUGAUGUAUUGGUAGAUUUACCGGUUUCUUCUAGGAGACUAUCUACUGGUCGUUUACCUGAAAGCUUAUGGCCUUCUACUAUGAGAAGCCUCAGUGUUUCUUUUCAGUCUGAUUCAGUGUCAGUUCCUGUUAGUAAGAAGGAGAAACCGCUUGUUACUUCUUCGACUGAUCGGACAUUGAGACCGUCUUCUUCGAAUAUAGCGCAUAAGCAGCAGAGUGAGACAACCUCUGUAACAAGGAAACAAACGCCCGAGAGGAAAAGAAGUCCAUUGAAGGGAAAGAAUGUGUCUCCUGGUCAAUCAGAGAAUUCAAAACCUAUGGAUGGUUCUCAUAGUAUGUUAAUACCACCACAGCAUCGAUGGUCUGGUCGAAUUAGGGGGAACAGAAGCUUUGAUCUUGGGGAUAAAGCGGUCAGGAGAGUGUCAUUGCCUUUGUCCAAUAAAAGCUCUAGACAUAAGAAGUCUUCUAGUGACAUAACAAGGUUGUUUUCAUGUUAUGAUAAUGGUAGACUAGAAGUUUCGUCAUCAACAACUUCAGAAGAUAGUAGUAGCACUGAGUCUCUCAAGCAUUUUUCUACAAGUUCAUUACCUAGGUUGCAUCCAAUGUCUGCUCCUGGAUCACGUACUGCUUCUCCUAGCAGAUCCUCAUUUUCAUCAUCAUCAUCUUCUAAUUCUCGAGGCAUGAGUCCUUCAAGAGGAGUGAGUCCUAUGAGAGGAUUGAGUCCUGUGGGAAACCGCUCUUUGGUGAGAUCGUCUACACCGCCAUCAAGAGGUGUAAGUCCUUCCCGGAUAAGACAAACCGCGCAAUCCAGUAGUACCAACACCUCGGUUCUCAGCUUCAUUGCGGAUGUCAAGAAAGGAAAAAAAGCGACUUACAUAGAAGAUGUUCAUCAACUACGCUUGCUCUAUAAUCGAUAUUCGCAGUGGCGGUUUGCAAAUGCUCGAGCUGAGGGAGUGAGCUAUGUUCAAAGCUUGAUUGCUAAGGAAACUCUAUACAAUGUUUGGCAUGCAAUAUCAGACCUAAGGGAUCUAGUGACAACUCAAAGAAUUUGUCUCCAACAGUUGAAGCUAGAAAUCAAGUUAAGAUCCAUCUUAAAUGAUCAGAUGGUUUGCCUUGAGGAUUGGGCAAUGGUUGAGAGAGAACACAUUAGUUCUUUAGCUGGAGCCAUUGGAGACUUAGAAGCAAAUACACUCCGGCUUCCACUAGCCGGAGGAACAAAGGCAGACCUAGGAUCUCUGAAGUUAGCUAUGUCCUCAGCUCUUGAUGUAAUGCAGAGUAUGGGAUCAUCCAUCUGGUCUUUACAUUCGCAGAUGGAGGAGAUGAACAAACUUGUUUCGGAUCUCGCUGUUAUAGCUAAAACAGAGAAUUUUUUGCUUGACAAAUGUGAAAAUCUCUUGGCAUCAACUGCAGUCAUGGAGAUAGAAGAGCGUAGCCUCAAGACUCAUCUGAUACAAAAGAAGCAAGAAGAAGAAGUAAGAGAUGAUGCAGAGUCUUCUCCAUUGUUGCCAUUAAGCAAGUUUCAAUGGCCUUAACAACAACACACUUACAAAAUGACUUGUAAAUUGCUCUUUUUGGCUCGCAUUUUCUUCUGCCUUCUUCUACUUAUAGGAAAAGGAUGUGAAGAUCACUUAGGGUUUAAACAAAAAAUCAAUGAAGAAAAUGCGAUUUAGCUAUCAACAUGUAAACCUCAAUUAGUUUAGUGAUCAGUGUUUAUCUAGUUUCUGUCAUGGAAGCGAAAAAGUUGUAACUCUGUUAAAAGAUAAUACAAUUCUUUUGAGAAUCAACAAAGCUGAGAAGUUAAACAAAAAAAUAGAUUAGAGAAAAGAUCUACAAACGAAGAACAUCAUUCAAAUAGGACUAACUCUAUUUGUUAUACAGCUCUUGGCUCUCUUGAGACAUGGUAGAAAAGUAAAUAUACAAAACUUUACUUUAGCUCUGAAAAUCCUACCACAAGAUUUUAAACUCAAGAAUCGAUCUGUAGAGGCUCUGGCUCAGGCUCAGGCUCAGGCUCA